ACAGCGGAGCGUGUUUGGUUACUAUGAUGCCUCCACUACAAAGAUGGCGAAAACGGGAUAGAAACAGACUGUAAGAGAAAGGAUAAAAAGAAAUCCUGAGAGUAUCGUCGUGGAAAAUCCCGUCUCUUGUAUAUUUCCUGGGUUGUGUUGACAGCUGCAGUGUGUGACACUAUGGCAGGUGUUGAUGAUGAGGAGUGCACGCUUGCCUUGAUCUUAUACUACUGCCAGGAAAAAUACUCCUGUCAUGUUGUAGAUGUUUCCAGUGAAGCUCAACGGAAAUUCAGUCAUGAUCCAAUCUUCACAUUCCUCCAUGCUUAUGGGCUGAUCAUGCAAGAUCAAGUGUUAGAUGCUAUUCAGGAGCUGGAGCAACUGAAGGCAAAAGGAGACGUCUCUCUCUGUGUGCUCAUGGCUUUGGUUUAUGCCCACAAGAAAAGACCAAACCCUGACCGCGAUGUCAUCCAGGAGUUGGAUGGAAGGGUGAAGGAGGAGAGGAAGACGGCGAGUCCUAAAGCUCUGUAUUAUGCUGGCAUGCUACUGUGGCUUCUGGGUCGCAAUGACAAAGCCAGAGAGUAUGUGGACAGAAUGAUCAAGAUCUCCAAUGGCUCUAAAGAGGGAAUUGUUCUGAAAGGCUGGAUUGAUCUGCGAUCGGAUAAAGAUGCUAAGAAGUCUGGGAAAUACUUUGACGAGGCCCUGAAGGAGAAAAGUGAUAUCUUUGCUCUGAUGGGGAAGGUACAAUAUUAUGAAUUUCGUCAGAAUUAUUCUGGUGCUUUAGAGACCAUUAACCAGGUGAUCGUGAGUUACCCGUCCUUUCUACCUGCCCUGGUCAAGAAGAUGAAGCUGCUGUUGACUCUACAGGACUGGGAACAAACCGUUGAUGCCGCUCAGAGGCUUCUCCAACGAGAUAAAAAUAACCUGGAGGCUCUGAGGAUGCUGGCCCUGCACUCUCUCUGCAGGGAAGGAGACAUUGCAGAGUCCGUAAACCAACUAUCAAAUCUGAUCAGUAAUCUGGACAUUCAAGAACUGAACAAUCCGGAGCUCUUCUACAGGAUGUCUUUAGCGUUCACUCGAGUGUGUGGACGAGCUGAGAAGAUUCUUCAGCACACUCACAGGAUGGUGGAGCGGGCGUUUACACAGGCCUCGGGCGACUCUGAGCUGGCCACAGAGAUGGGUUACCAACUGGUUCUGCUGGGAAGGGUGAAAGAGGCCAUGAAAUGGUACAAGACAGCGAUGACUCUCGAUGAGAGCAGCGUCCCUGCUUUGAUGGGUAUCAUCAGGUGUCAGCUCAUGGAGGGACACUUAGAGGAUGCAGAACAGCAGCUGGAGUUCCUCACUGAGAUCCAGCAGUCCAUUGGCAAAUCAGGGGAGUUGCUGUAUCUGCGAGCGCUGUUGGCUGUGAAAAAGCGUCGGCCCCCAGACGAGGCGACCAACUUGUUAAACGACACAGUGGACACACAUUUCUCCGCCCUGCAGGGUCUGCCUCUCAGCGUCGAGUACUUUGAGAAGCUCAACCCCGACUUCCUGCUCGAGAUCGCCAAGGAAUACUUGGCACUGUCUCCAGCCAAGCCUCCAGCUCCAGGUCAGCCUCCAUCCCCUCAGCUGCAGCACUGCGCGUCUGUGCUGGACACAGUGCUGAAAGUAGUCCCUGGUCUGCUGCAGGCCGGCUUUCUAAUGGCCAAAGUCCGAUUUCAGUCAGGAGACAUGGAGGCGGCCCACAGCAGUCUGCAGCAUUGUUUGGAUCAGAACCCGGCUCAUGCUGAUGCCCAUCUCCUCAUGGCUCAGAUACAUCUCAUGCAGGGCAACUUCAAGCUCUCCGCCCAAUCUCUGGAACUCUGCCUCAGCCACAACUUUGAGAUCCGCGAGCAUCCGCUCUAUCACCUGAUAAAGGCUCAGGCUCAGAGGAAGAUGGGGCAGCUUCAGGAGGCCAUUCAGACGUUGCAGAUGGCCAUGAGUCUGUGCGCUGUGAAGAGAGCAGGCUCUUCAGCCAAAAGACAGAGCAAGAGAGUUGAGCUCAACUCGGCCGACUGCGUAUCUGUGUUCCUGGAACUAGCUGAGGCUCUGUGGCUCAAUGGAGAACAGCACGAGGCAGCUAAAGUGAUGCAAGACGCCAUUAAUGAGUUUACGGGCACUCCAGAGGAGCUACGAGUCACCAUAGCCAAUGCGGACCUUGCUCUAAUGCGAGGAGAUACUGAACUGGCACUGAGCAUGCUCAGAAACAUCACGCCAGAGCAGCCAUACUAUGUACAGGCCAAAGAAAAAAUGGCAGACAUCUACCUGAACCACAGGAAAGAGAAACGGCUUUACGUGAGCUGCUAUAGGGAUUUGGUGGAUAAAUUGCCGAGCCCUCAUACCUUCCUGUUACUCGGUGAUGCCUACAUAAACAUUCAGGAGCCAGAGCUGGCUAUUGAAGUAUAUGAACAGGCCUUAAAGAAAAACCCCAAAGAUGGAGCUGUGGCCAGUAAGAUUGGGAAAGCACUCGUCAAGACCCACAACUAUGUAAAGGCAAUUAACUAUUACGAGGCGGCGCUGAAGAGCGGGCAUCAGAGUUUCCUGCGUUAUGACCUGGCCGAUCUGCUCAUGAAGCUCAGGCAGUACGAACGCUGUGAAAAAAUCCUGCAAGAGGCUCUCACACAUGAUCCUGUGAAUGAGCUGUUGUUACUUACCGAAGACUGUCGUUAUCUUGUGCUUCUCGCCAAGGUUCAGAGCAAAGUCAAUAAAAACGAUGAAGCGUUACUGUCCCUACAGAGAGCGAGAGAUGUGCAGGCGAAGGUUCUGAAGCGUGUUCAGAUGGAGCAGCCCGACUCGGUGCCCGCGCAGAAGCAGCUCGCCGCGGAGAUCUGUGCUGAGAUCGCCAAACACUGCAGCAGCCAGCGCGGCUACGAGCGGGCCGUCAAGUUUUACAAAGAGGCGCUUGUGUACUGUGAAAGUGACAGCAAGGUGAUGCUGGAGUUGGCUCAGCUGUAUCUUACCCUGGAUGAUGUCGAGGCCUGUCAACAGCAGUGCAGUGCCAUUCUGAAGAACGAUCCGGUCAACGAGUCCGCCACGCUGAUGAUGGCAGACCUCAUGUUCCGGAAGCAGGACUAUGAACAGGCUGUAUUUCACUUCCAGCAGCUCUUGGAGAAGAAACCAGACAACUACCCAACGCUGUCCCGCCUCAUUGAUCUGCUGCGCAGAGCCGGCAAACUGGAGGAGGUUCCAAGAUUCCUUGAGAUGGCAGAGAAACACUCAUCGAGGGCCAAGUUUGAGCCGGGAUACAACUACUGCAAAGGGCUCUACCUGUGGUACACCGGUGAACCGAACGAUGGGUUGCGUCACUUUAACAAAGCCCGGAAGGACAACGACUGGGGCCAGAAUGCAGUGUACAACAUGAUUGAGAUUUGCCUCAACCCUGACAAUGAGACGAUUGGAGGAGAGGUGUUCGAGAACCUGGACGGAGACAUGGGGAACUCUACAGAGAAGCAGGAGUCCGAGCAGCUGGCCGUGAGAACAGCGGAGAAGCUCUUGAAGGAGCUGAAGCCACAAACCCCAGCGGGACACGUUCAGCUGCGCAUCCUGGAGAACUACUGCUAUCUGGCCACCAAGCAGAAAGCCAACGUGGAGAGAGCUCUCAACGUCUUCAUCGAGACCGCAAAC